GAGAGGGAGACUUUAGCACCGAAGUCGUUCCAAUUCGAUCUAUUAUUUUCUCGCUCUGAAAUUUUCCGAGAAAACAAACGCAAGAGAAGAAAAUAUCAAGAGAGAAGCCGAGAUGUACGGAUACACUGGUGUUCAUAGCAAGGCGGAGGAGGUAGAUCUAGAGUCCGGAGAGACUCUGUACCCGGGGCUUAGUGCCGGAGAGAAUCAGCUCCGAUGGGGUUUCAUCCGCAAGGUGUACGGUAUUCUUGCGGCGCAGGUCCUUCUCACCACGGUGGUUUCCGCCAUCACCGUUCUUUACUCUCCUAUUAAUGAUCUCCUUAGGAGCAGCCCUGGCCUUCUUCUCUUCCUCGCCAUCUUUCCCCUCAUCUUAUUGUGGCCAUUAUAUGUCUACCAGCAAAAACAUCCUCUGAACUUCAUCUUCCUUGGACUUUUUACUCUGACACUCAGCCUAACAGUCGGUGUUAGCUGUGCGAAUACAGAUGGAAAAAUUGUGCUUGAAGCAUUGAUCUUAACCUCAGCCGUUGUUACAUCCUUGACUGGAUACACCUUCUGGGCUUCCAAGAAGGGCAAGGACUUCAGCUUUUUAGGACCAAUCUUAUUCACUGGUCUCAUAAUUCUUGUUCUAUCUAGUUUUAUUCAGGCUUUCUUCCCACUCGGCUCUACAUCUGUUGCUAUAUACGGUGCAGUUGGUGCAAUUAUUUUCUCGGGCUACAUCGUCUACGACACACAAAAUUUGAUCAAGCGCUUCACUUAUGAUGAGUACAUUUGGGCUGCCAUUACUCUUUAUUUGGAUAUCCUAAACUUGUUCCUUACAAUUUUGCGGAUGCUAAGGCAAUCUGACGCUUAGUUAGUUUUUCUGUGAACAUUAUAGUACAUUUGGCCUUUCUUCUGAAAGGUGUUAUUAAACGAUACAGAAGUCAAAUAUCGUGGCUACUAGGUUUGGUUACGUUUCGUUGUAUCUCUUAUCUUACAUUUGAGUGAAAUGUCACUAUUUGCAAAUUUGUCAGUACUUUUCUUUUCGUUUUGUUUCAAGAUUGUUUAAAGUUGAAUAAUUUUUCUAGGUAAAUUGUUUUAUGUUCA